AUGGCGUCUUCUGCAGACUCAUGGACAGAAAACAAAGAAGGACCUGCAGAAGCAGAAACAACAUACAGGGCGCUGCCAUCGGACAGCAUUGUCAUAAUUGGGGGAGAUGCGGAUCUUGUGGUGCAGUGCCUAGCCCUACCCUACACUUCCAAUCUAUUCGUCUACAAUCCACAGAAUAUUACCCAUUCCAAGAACGUUAGGGUUAUCUAUUCUCUUCGUGCCCUGUUGGGAGAACUAGAGCGGCUAUUUCCAGGAAAUUCACAUCUUGUCAGAAACGAUUUCGCCCUCAUGUGUAUUCUGAACGGCAAUGAUUAUCUUCCAAAGCUCCCAGGAUUCUCCUUCGCCCGAUUCUCUGCUGCCUACGAAGCAACACGUCGCAGGCCAGAAUGCCGUGACUCGUCGUGGGUUGAUGCGGAGGGAAGAUCUUUUAAUUGGCCCUUUUUUUCCGCUUUUAUAGAGGAGCUGGAUCGGCUACAAAACGUAGAAAUGGUGGCGAGGCAAAGAGACAAUUGCGUUCGCCUUGCUGGGCCGAAGACGCCUAGCGGUUUAUGCAAGGCAUCUCCACUGCAAAUUGUAAAUCAGCUGGUGGCGCAAAAGCGCCUUGUGAUUUCCAGUGCAGACGGUGCAACCAGCUCAGUCAAAAAGCUACAGUGGUGUUUCCAAGAGAACCGGAAUGGAUUUGUCUGCGACAUUGAUAUUAUGGGGGAGAUGCCACACGUCAUGCGGCCAUCCAGAGUUACGGGACUGUCGGAUUCCAAGGAAGCGGUUCAGCCUGAGAGCCCUGCCCAUGCGGGGAAUUUUCCUCAGUCCGAGGGGUCUCUUGAGUCAAUUUGCACUAACAGGUGUGUGGCCAGCAGUGCGGCGGAUAAAAAGACAGCCCAGCAGAGAGCGGCCUUCAAGUUGCUACAGAUAUAUUUCCCGGAGUUGCUACCUCUCGUGGAUGAGGGCCCUUGGCCUGAGGGCAGCAACAGUUGCCACCAUAAGAACAGCGAGGGCGAAAAAGGUACUGCAGAGGGCAACAUGGCAUAUGAGGGAGAGCUUAAGGACAACUUCCCCACCAUACAAGAUUCCCACACCUGCCAAGUGGAUGUACUCGUCAAAGAGCAAGUUGUGUUCUCGAGCAAGUUUAUCGGUGGAAGCAACAUCUCUAAGGCGAGAAUCAAGCAUGCCAUUAGUAUGCAGGCUCUGGAGACUUGGGCCCCCGAGUUGUAUCACGCGUUGAGGGCGCAAAACUGGUGCAAGGACGGCUCUCAGACCCCCUCAGGAGGACCACCAGCAGGAACGAGGCAGCAACAUGUUAAGCUUGAAACUAAAGGAGAAGAAGAGGGAUCCGGGCUCACCGAGGCUAGUACAGGAGACCCCACGUUCUCCGUUGAGGCUCAUGUGGCCAGCGAACGCGAAAAGGCACGAGCAUAUAUUCACGGUUUGCUAUGGAAUUUGCAGACAUACGUCGACGGCAUUUGCCCCGACAAUUUGUGGUACUUCACGUAUACCUCUGCGCCGUCUCUGUUGGCCAUUCGCGAUGUGGUACAGCAGCAGCUCAGAACAACUGAUAGUGAUCCCUUUUCGCGCCUUCCUCUAGGAAGCUUUGUUGCAGCGAAGGAAGCGAGCAACACACAAUACAUCGCCCGUUCCGAGACACCCCAGCCCGUCCCGCAGUGGCUCUACAGCGCGGCACUCCUGCCGAAGUCCGCGCUCAAAGCACUUUACGCACGAGAACAGCAGACAGAGAGCCUUUCAGAGGCCCCCUUCGCCAAACAACUUUUAAAGGCGAGGGCUUUCCUGGAGGCGCUACUGGACAAGAAAAAAGACGCUCCAUCUCUCGAAUCCUGCCAAAUGCCACAGCAGGCUGAUUUACAGUGGCUUCUACGUGAAACCCCCGCCGUCCUCCAGAGUCCAACAACUGCAGUGGGAGGAGAAAGCAUAUCCUCACAAGACAGCCAUGAAGACACAACCGUUCCUCAAGAUGCCCUGAUAACAGCAGACACCGUCCUCUUGGCUUUGCACAUGCUCAACAAGAAGCACCAACAAAUGGAGGGCCGCUAUGCUGCAGAAAAUGCCGACAUUGCAUCUUUUCUCGGCCCUCAUGUUAGCAGCUGCUGGACUGUAUUUGGGAGAGAACCCAGCAAAGAGGUCGCGUGCACCCCACAGGAAACCCUCCGGGUACCUCUUUGGCACACACGGGAACGGAGCUAUCCUGUAUCUUCUCUCCUAGCAGGAGGAGGAGCCCACAGAGGCUGGAGGCAAAUGUCCUCCCUGAAGAGCACAAGUUAUAACAUAUGCGGUGCUGCUACUGAGGGUGCUGACCAGGAGCUCAAUUUAUAA